AUGUACAAUAAACGCCAUUUUCAAGACGCGUCCAAUAUUGAAGGGGCGUUCUGUGACGAAGACAUUGACGAGUGCUCCGGAGAGCCGUGCCGUAAUGGUGGGGAGUGUGUGAACACUCUUGGCUCCUUCGUGUGUCGCUGUCCAGUGGGUUUCGAAGGGCGAGUCUGCGAGACUCGGGUGGAUCCCUGUGACGCUACUUAUGGACCAGUCUGCGCCAACGGCGGCGUCUGCAUCCCUGCCAAUGGUCGUGCCACUUGCCGAUGUCCUCCAGGGUUCAGUGGGUCGCGUUGUGAGCCGCAUGUGCAGUACUCUGGGAAUAGAGCGGCAGAAAUCAAACGUAGUUGUUUCCCCGUUCCCACGGAUCCACUCAUACACUCACCCGCAUCCACUCAACUGCAGAUCGUAGAGCUUUUGGGUUCUGCUCUUAAAAAUGUUCUCAAUGUUGCCUUUCAGGUGGAAGAGAACGAGUGCUCCCGACGACCCUGCCUCAAUGGGGGGGUGUGUAUGGCCUUCUUUGGUUCUUAUGCCUGUCGUUGUCCUGCAGACUUCUCUGGACGCCACUGUGAGCGCUCUCUCGCCUUCUCGCCUUGCUCAAACCAUACCUGUCAGAACGGUGGUUACUGUGCAGGAGGAAGCAUUGUAGAGGAGUGUCACUGCCCUCCCGGAUUUUACGGUCGCUACUGUGAGGUGACACUCAAUCUCUGCCACCAGCUCCUCGAAUUUAAUCUCAAGUCUGACACAGACAGCAGCAGCAGCCUAGGUCGUCUCUUGGGUAGCAAGCACACCCUCUCUCUCACCGCUGCCACAACCGCCUUCCUUGCAGACUCUGCGACGGCGGCGGCCACGACAGCGGAGAUGCUGAACUCGCUGCACCUCUCACGCACCGCCUUAGGUCCCUGCUACCCUCCAGGGACUCUUCAGUGUCUGCCGCAACGUUCUACCGGUGACUUUGUGUGUCAGUGCCGUCACGGCUUCGAGGGACGCUACUGCGAACAGUGGAGGGACUUUUGUGCCGAGGCCGGUCUUCGGCUUGCUGGUGGAGGGAAUGUCUGUCUAAAUGGAGGCCAUUGCAUAAACCGUCCCCAGGGAGUUGAAAUGUCCUCCUCUUCCUCCUCCAAGGAAGAAUUCUUCGUUUGUCAGUGCCUCGCCGGAUUCAGUGGUCCACGCUGUGAACUACGAACACCUAGUUGUGAUGAUAUCAGCGUCUGUCAGAACGGCGGUGUUUGCACCAGCGAAGGUACCCGCCUCAGGUGCAUCUGUCCCCGAGGUCUUGGAGGAACUUUCUGUGAGGUGGAUUUGGUUGACGAGUGCGCCCAUGCUGGAAAUUGCUUCAACGGAGGUAAAUGCGUCGACGGUCUCGGGAACUACACCUGCGAGUGUCCACCUGAUUACUGUGGGAAACGGUGUGAGCUUAGUGGAUUUGCAUGUGCUUUGGAAGCCAGCGCAGAUCCCAAACGCUGGCCUGGGGAGGCAGCCGAGGCUCAACUCUGUGUGUUGGCGGAGUGUCAGCGCAAGGCGAACAAUGGGCGUUGCGAUCCUGAGUGUGACCGAUUUGCUUGUGAAUUCGAUGCUGGCGAAUGCCUCUACUCGACUCAAUCCUUUGCCAUUCCACUCACAACUUAUGACAGCAGGCUGAUCAAGGCCUUACCAUGGGCCAACUGUACUGCUAUUCAUGAGAAAGGAAUACCCUGUCAUCUCAGGUUUGGUGAUGGAAAAUGCGAUCCUGAAUGUAACUCCGAGGCCUGUUUAUUUGAUGGCUGGGACUGUCUUAAAGAACCACUUCUACUACAAGUUGGUACACCGUUCACUGGAAUGUACUCUCCAACACCAUCAAUUAAACCAGUUGAAGGAAGCCUAAUCCUCCUUCUUGGUGUCCCACCCUCCCAAUUACUUCCAAAAAACGAUGAAAAGCGUGAUCUACAACGUCGAAUUCUAGACGGUUUGAGAGAUCUUUUGCGAGUGGGUCUGCGUAUUCGAAAGCAACCGAAAACGGGUGCCCCCAUGGUUUACCCAGUGCCUUUACCUGCUUCCCAAAUGGCCGCUUCAAGACUUGGCUCUCAAAAGGAUCCCCUUUGGUUCCCUCUUGAAACCAGCAGUGGAGUGAAUGUCUCAAUAAACCAAUUUAUUCUCGAUCGGGAAGUGAGGGGAGAAUCGUCAUCAAAUGCGGCUGCCAAGUUGAGUGAGUUGCUCACUCAGCUUACCACGAUGACAGAUCCUUUAGCAAAAUCAACCAUUCCAGUUGCUAGGCUACGUCGCGAGACUCUCGACACAAGAAUCGGAAGUCGGGUCUUCUUUGAGGUCCAGGAUGCCGGCUGUCAGCCAUCUGGCGGCAAAAGUUGCUUUCACAAGGUGGAGACAGCAGCGCAGUUUAUUUCCGCCGCUCUCCGUACCCGCCGAUACACACCACCAGUGGACAUUCUAUCCAUAGAAACGGCCUCCCCAGAGGCACUACAACAGAUUCUUUCUGAAGAGCCGUUCGGUGGCAGUCAUGAUGAAACCGUACUUCAGAGGCUGGGAUUACCUGCAACCCUAAUCUAUUGUCUUAUCGGUCUGGUUUGUGGUCUCAUUCUGGUCUCCCUCAUUGGUGUUCUUUACGGCAUCAUGCAGCGUCGUGCACAGACUCAGGAUAUAGAACCUGGCUCUGGAUACGGACAGAAGAAUCUCAUCAAAAAGAUUAAGACAACGUCCAUCUGGUACCCCCGCAACUCUGCUUUACGUGAGGGCAGGCAUCAUCUGAGUGCCGCUGGCGGUGCUGGUUGCGGUAGCGGUGGAAUAUUUGGAGGCUUCACGAGUCUUGCAGGUGGUGGAACGACUGCUGCUUCACCCACUUUGGGCGUCCACGCUCGCUCUCGCGCCAUGACAACACCGCAUGGUACUCAUCUACCAUUAUGGUCACGAGAACGUGCUCUUGCUGCGGCCGGUGAGAAAAUAGUAAUGCGAUCCUCCCCCUAUCCACCACCACCGGCUCCGACCUCCACAACGGCGGGCUAUUCGCAGGUUUGCGCCACUAAUAAUGUUGGCGGAAGUGUGGGUACAACUGCGGAUGUAUCGUCGAACACUACCCUACUGAUGGCCGCUACGGCCCAAAUGCCACAGAUAGACGUAAAGGCCUAUUUUAUGAGUCUUACGGAGCACUUGGUGAGUGGUGAUGGCCUUACGGAACCCUUCAACGAGGGACUGAUGCAGAAAUUAGAGUAUCUACGCAACGUGGAGAUGCAUCAGUCGGACGCGUCGAUAAUGUACCGCAGCGGAGGUGGUUCUGGGAGCACUGGGCAGAGACACGGAAAACGAUCCCAGAAUCCUUCUCUCCUGGCCCAGCUCCUAUCUAGCACUCUACCUGAAACGGGAGAGACACUACUUCAUCUGGCUGCGCGGUACAACUGUGCAAGCGCGCUUUCCACACUGCUGGGAGCAGGCGCGGAUCCUUAUGCGGUGGAUGCGCAAGGCAACAGUGUUCUUCUUACAGCAGUCAAUGCUUCUGCUGUAGACGCCGCCCGCGCUCUCCUGGUCUCUAGUCAGGCCGCUGCCGAUUUUCCACGCCUCUUUGUCGCUUGUCCUACUGAGGAUAAAACUACCGCGCUUAUUCAAGCCGUUAAAAUGGCUGAUAUUGAAAUGGUUGAGCUCUUGCUACAGACAAUGGCCAGCCUAAUUCCUGAACCAGCACCAUUACAAAUGGUUCCACCUGGAACUGGGAUAGCGGGCUACUCCUCCUCCCUGAUGCAAAAUCGACGCCCUGCGGCACUCGAUCCGAGACUGGGCUACGCACGCCUCUAUCAUACCACCACGUCGUCCAGCACCGCUACUUCCGCCACGACAAUGUUAAUGAACAGUGGCACCGCGGAGGAGACUGCUGGAGGUGGUGGUGGCCUAUCGGCCAAUUCCUUCGGUGUAAAUGCUGCUGAUGGCGAGGGUCGCACCGCUCUCCAUUGGGCAGCGGUAACCGAGCAGCCGGCGAUGGUGCAGCUACUGCUCCGCGCCGGUGCCUCCCACGACGUUCAGACGUUGCACGAGGAGACGCCGCUUACUCUAGCCGCUCGUGAGGGCUCUGUGGAGGCCUGUUCUAUGCUCCUUGCUGCUGGCGCCAACAUUGAGAUUGCAGACUAUCUAGACCGUACGCCACGACAACUAGCAGCACAGAAUGGUCACACAGAAGUGGUGCAACUCCUCCAGGUCUAUUCGUCUGCUUCACAACCCCUUCACCCCCAUCCAACACAAGCUUCGUCCAAUUCCUCCCAACAGCAACAUUGUGCCCGGCGUACCGUUCCUUAUCCCCAACCAACAUUCUUCCAACAAGCAAAUCCUCCCCGAUACUACCAACCCCCUUCUGUCACUUCAACUGUACGGAACGUCUACUCUGACGGUCCCACUUACGAAAAGCGGAAUAAGUUCGAACCCCCAGACUACUCCGUCUGCGGUGGAGGGGAGAGUUUCUUAAUGCAGUUGGCACCAACCACUACAACGAUGACCACAACUGCGACAAAUAGCAGCAGUAGCAGCAGCGCCAUAGCUAUCGCCACGACAACCACCGCGACAGCGGCGAGUGGGGAGGGGGAUGUUAGCACUCUCACCACGUCAAAGGCGUAUUUUUUUGACCAACCACCGCCACCACAAUUCUCGGGACUGGAGAGCCUGAAGCAGUCUUCACCCGGUGGUGGCGGUGGGUAUAGUGGCGCAGAUGCGAAUUGGAAAGUGCGUGGACAGUCAUCAGGACCUGUGGGGGUAGCUGGGGCAACGAACGGACACACUCCAAGUUCGGACACGGAAUCGCCGGCGCAUUGGUCGUCGCCAAGUCCAACGGCUAUUUCCCCGCCUUUGGCACCACCAAAGAUGACGGUGGCAAAUUCGAGUCAGUAUCAGGUGGUGCGUGGUUCCACAAAUAACAUCAACAGCGCCGCCUGCUGUCCCACUGGCCACCAUGCAAGCUACUCUGCGACCCAGCCAGCUACCUCUGGCAGUCUUUAUACCGUGUCCUACGCUCCAUCAGCAGUUGCGAACGACUGCAUCAAAUUAGAGCCGCGGGUGUUUUGA